AUGUCUGGAAAUACAUCACCAACACUUCAAGGAAAGAAAAAGAGAGAACAACCAGAAUGGUUCAAACCAGCUGGUCAACCAUCGGAACUUCAAAUCUAUAACAGUUUGACAUCCUCAAAGGUACCAUUCACACCAAUCAGUGGUGGAAAAUCAGUAUCAUGGUAUAUUUGUGGACCUACUGUUUAUGAUGCUUCACAUAUGGGUCAUGCUAGAUCAUAUAUCAGUUUCGAUAUUAUUCGUCGUAUCAUGAAGGACUAUCUUGGAUAUGAUGUUCAAUAUAUCAUGAACAUCACUGACAUUGAUGAUAAGAUUAUCAUUCGUUCCAGAGAGCAAGGUAUCACUCAUACCGAACUCUCUCGUAAAUGGGAGAACUCUUUCUUUGAUGAUUUGAAAGCAUUGAAUGUAUUACCACCAGAUGCUUUGACAAGAGUAACCGAAUACGUUCCAGAGAUUGUCACUUUUGUUGAGAAGAUUAUUGCCAAUGGAUUUGCCUAUGAAUCGAAUGGAUCGGUCUACUUUGAUACCGAGGCCUACAUGAAGGUGCAUGAAUAUGGAAAGUUGGAGCCAUCUUCGGUUGGCAAUGAAAAGUUGAAUAGCGAAGGUGAGGGUGCUCUCUCGGCUGGCUCUGACAAGCGAAACAACAACGAUUUCGCAUUGUGGAAGAAGUCGAAGGAGGGAGAACCAAAGUGGAACUCACCAUGGGGUGAAGGUCGUCCAGGUUGGCACAUUGAGUGUUCCGCUAUGGCAUCCGAUAUCUUGGGUGCCAACAUCGAUAUUCACUCUGGUGGUGAAGAUCUCAAGUUCCCGCAUCACGACAAUGAGAUUGCCCAAUCCGAAGCACACUACGGAUGCAAGCAGUGGAUCAACUACUUUAUCCAUUCCGGUCACUUGUUGAUCGACGGUCUCAAGAUGUCGAAAUCACUCAAGAAUUUCAUCACCAUCCAGGACGCCCUCAAGAAAUACACCGCGCGUCAAAUCAGAAUGUUGUUUUUGAUUCAUCGUUAUGACAAACCAAUGAACUACAGCACCGAGUCGAUGACCAACGUCAUUGAGAUCGAGAAGAUCUUCACAGAGUUCUUCCACGCCGUCAAAUCGAUUGUAAGAGACGCACCACAAUCACUCGCACAAAACUGGGAGCAAGUAGACAAGGAUCUCAACAACCAGUUGCUCGAGACCAAGAAGAAGGUUCACGAGUUCCUCUUGGACAACUUCAACACUACCGACGCCAUUCACGCGCUCAACGACCUGGUGAAGCGUACCAACGUCUACUUGGCCGACAAGAAUCGUAACCCAAGACUCGCCAUCUUGAACAACAUCGCCACCUACAUCACUCAUAUCCUGAGAGUAUUCGGUUUGGUCGAGGGUUCAGCGAUUGGAUUCGGUUCCGGAGGUUCCGCCAACGUCGAAGACACCUUGAAGCCAGUGCUUGAUGCACUCGUCGAAUUCCGUAAUCAAAUUCGUUCGAGCGCCAUCAACAAGGACUUCUCCAAGAUUCUCCAGUCGUGUGAUCACCUCAGAGAUGAAGUACUCCCGCUGUUGGGUGUCAAGAUCGACGACAAGUCCGGCAACUCUGUCUGGAAGUUCGAAGACAAGGAGGUCCUAAAGAAGGAGAUGGAACUCAAGAAGGAAAUCGAAGCAAAGAAACUCGCUGACAAACUGGAAAAGGAGAGAAAGGAGAAGGAGAAGUUUGAACUCUCCAAGAUACCCGCCUCAGAGCUCUUCAAGAAGGAAACCGACAAGUACUCACAAUUCGACGAGCGUGGAGUUCCAACCCACGACAAAGAAGGUAACCCAAUCACCAAAUCACAACUCAAGAAACUCCAAACCGCAUUUGAUACUCAAGCCAAGAAUCAUCAAAAAUAUUUAGAUUCAAUUGCCAACACCACUGAAACUAAACAAUAA